AUGCAGAGCGCCAUCGAACGCUACCUCGCCACCGAACGCUACCUCGCCACCGGCAAGGACAAUGGGCUGGGUACGAAGCCUUCUGUUCCUCAUUACGGUUUCCUGCUCCGCUCAGAGCUGGUAAUGGCGUUUCCAGACAUGGUGAUUCCCACUUAUGGCAUUGUGGUCGCCAGUUCUAAUGUAACUUCUACCCUCACACUCAAGGCUGUCGUAGUGUUCAGAGGGCGCCCAGAAAUGAAGAAGGACAUUACCAUCGAGAGAUCGUCUGAGAGAGAUAACAUGUCUUUGAAUGUACACAUUAGUAGAAGAUAG